CCCACAGCUACCCAGCCCCAUCCCCACCCACAGCCUACCCGCUCCAGCGCCACCCAGCCACUGCCUGACCCACCCCAGCGCUGCCAUCACCUGACCCGCCACAGCGCCGCCCAGCUCCUCUGCAACUGUCCCUAGCGCUCAGUCGUUUGUCUCCAACCCUAGCUCCUACCUGCAGCCCACCCACAACGUCGUAACCGGUAACCCUAACCCUCAGUGAACCACCUCCGCGUGUUUUCCCUAAAUUCACAGACGCAGUGCCCGCUGCCGCCCUCAAAUUGAACCGUAACGACCAGAUCUAACACUAUAGCUUGGUUUCAAUGGAGAUUAUGGCUGCGAGUGGCGGCGUAGAUUGAACGGCUAAUAUAAAGAAGGAGCGGAGGCUUAUGGCGUCGAGUGAAGGACAUCGAUGGCGACAAAGCUUGUUGGACUUCCAUCCCUCUCCCCACUAGAAAGAGAAAGAAGAAAUAGAAAAUCCGCCGGUGUAGAAUACGAGAGGGCGACAAGGUUGAAGAUGGUGGUGAGCUCGAAGAUGGCGGUGAGGUCAGCAACAACUUAACGAGUUCGGCGAUGCAGCUGAAGAGAUGCGGCAGAUUGUCAAGCUUGAAGGCAAGAGAAGCAGUGCGGAAAAGCUAAAUGGACAGGACGGUGAUUUUUUUAAAUUAUCACUAAGCUACUAGAAUUUUUGUCAUUUGCGGCUCCCUAUUUGUUGUGGUUAUUUGUAUUCAGCAGCAAUUAAUUGGAAAAUAACACUCGAUUUGUUGCGGGUAAGUAAAAACCGCAGCAAUUAGUUGGAAAAUAAUCCUUUAUUUGCUGCUGAUACGGAGAAACCGCAGCCAAAUGUAUUUAAAAAUUAAUUUUUAGUAGUAUUUGCUGCGGGUAUACAGAAACUGCAGUAAUAAGUUAAAAAAAGCUUCAAACCCUUGACUCGCUUCUUUCAAUUCCCGACCAGUUUGAAAAAGAAAAAACGCAGAGCUCCGCAAGCCUUGAAAACGCAGAACGCCACAAGCCUUUGGCGGAACCGCAGAACGCCGCAUCCGCAGAACGCCGACCGCAAGCCCUUUGGCGGAACCACAGCAGGCCUUGGCGGAACCGCCGCCUCUUCCACCUGCGAGCCUCCUCCUCCGCCCUCUCAGCAUUCUGACGCAGGUCACCGUGCUCAGUCCGCACUCCGACGCACUCCGCCGCCCCCUCCCAGUACAAUGAUGUAAAAAAGCCUCCUCCGCCAUAUUUGCUUAACAGAGGCACUCCACCAUGGCUGAUGAUGAUGAGGAUUUUGUUUUAGACGAAGAAGACAUUUUAAAUGAUGAGGAUGUAGUUGAUGAUGCUAGAUCACGACGCAUUUCUAAUUUUGAAGAGGAGGCUGAUAUUAGAGGAGAAAUGGAGGAUGUGGGAUACUCGUUGGAUGAGAUCCAAGAAGCAUUGGUGAAGAAAAAACAAAAAAAGAAGGACGCUGGUAAGAAACCUGGGAGGGGGGCGUUCAAGGGGUUAAAAGUAAAUGAACCUAUGUUCUUACAAUUUGAUCCACUUGGUCGUGCGACUGGUCAGUGGAGAUUGAAAUUUGGGCAAGAUAUUGGUUUAUGUAUGCGCAAAUUGAACAUCAAUUGGAGGUGGUCUGUCGUAUCUAUGGGCUUGAGAGAUACUCUUUGGGACGAUACUAGGAAUUUAUUCCACCUUGAUGAUGAUCCUAAGAUAAAGAACAUUGUUUUAUCCACGAUGGCAUGUCAUUUUAGAGAUUUUAAGGCGAAGUUAGUUUCAGGAUGGAUCACUUGUGUUAGAAAGCGAUCAAAGAAUGAAGACGGGAAACUUCCGCCCCAAAUUUGGCGUCACAUUACACCUGAAAUUUGGGAAGAGUUUAAGAGACGUAAGACAACUCCAGAGGCUGAGGAGACAAGGAAAAAAGCAAUAGAGAUUGCUUUGCAAAACCAAUACCAUCAUCAUAUGGGUCAAAGAAAUUAUGAAGACAGUAGGGCUGUCUGGAUCGAUGAAGGUUUCUAUCCUACUCCUUGCACUGAAUCUUCAAUUCUUCAUCAAUUGGGUCAAGUACUACACAGUUCAAUAGAGGUGAUGAUUGGUAUUGUGCCAUGCAUGCUCGUGAUAAAGAGGGGAAUCGGGUUAUUCCAGAAAAGCAUACGAAGGAAGUAGCUGAUAAAUAUAGAUGCUUUGUACUAUGCUCGUGGAGAGAAGGUGGACCACGCUGGCCGUGUUGUUGGAUAUGGUGGCACUAAUGUUGGACAUACGAAAUCAUUUGGCAAAAAGCCAAUUCAAUCACAGUGUAGUGGAUGUUCUUCACAAAGCAUUGAGUCCAUAAAAGCCUCAUUGAGGGAAGAGUUUAAGGAACAGGUGAAUGAAAUAGUGAAGAAAAACAUGAUCAACAUCUUGAACGAAAUGCGUCUUACAGGUUUUAACUUCUCCAGUGGUGCCUCUAUUCCGACGCCCUCAACAUCAAUAAAUCACGCACCACAUCCAUUUCCAAAUGAUGAGUUGCUGGGUCCACGAGCAUGCCGUUUUUUUUGAAUGAUUUUGGAACCAGACAAUUGUUUGAGGUGGGUGGUGGCACAACAUUUCCUUCUCGAACUAGAGUAAGUUGUCGUCACAUGCCAAUUAUGGAAGGCCACUUAAAGGUGAGCGUAGACACCAUUUUGAACGAGUAUGUGGGUGUCACACUUCCCGUACCUGUUCCCACUGUGAAUCUUUUUACCAUAGGCGACGCCCAAGGUAGUUUUGUUCAAUGGCCGGUUGAUUGGGUGAAAUUUGUAACUGAGGUCACGGGUAAUAAAUCAUCAAAGGGCAAGAAGAAAUUGGAUAUCCGUAAAAAAUCGGUCAAACGAUCUCUAGUUUCUGAUGGUGUGUUUUUGUCACUCAGUAAAGAUUGCAAGUGGUUGCACUCGAUUAUAGCAUCUCGGACUAGCGACGAUCCCUUUGUAAUUACUUUAGAUGAUCGCGUGUUCCAUUAUAAAUCAAGUGAUGGUGAUGUGUAUCUUAACAACGAGGACAUCUCUCAGUUUCUGUCUGGUGCAAUGCUUAAUAUAUCCAUUAUUCAAGUAUUCAUCAAAGCAAUGCAUGAGUAUACCGAGGGUUUGAAUACAAAUGCGUAACUUGGAUGGAUGUGUCCAGAUGCAAUUUGUGCAACUUCAUGUGACCAUAACCCAGAAGAUGUGAGAGAGUACAUACACCGAGCCAUCAUUGAGUCUCGCAAUUCUGGCGUAGAUAUUAUUCUUGCUCCUUACUACGAAAAAGCUACAGUAGAUCGGAUGAAGGGGAGAGCUGGGUGACGUUGGAUAGCUUGACAUGGUGAGACAACGACGAAAGUGCAGACCAAGAAGCUUUGAAUGACUUGCGCAGAUCUACUUUUCUUGAUUGCUUUCUUGAUUUUUUGGUGUGUUUUCGAAAAAAGGGUUGUCUGUCUGACAGACAACUUGUAAGUGCAGUGUCUGUAUUUGUUAGUAAGACUCGUGAAGUUGUCUGUCAUUUGAUUGUUAGUUGUUUAUAUUUGUUUUGAGUUUUCUGUAUUUGUUUCGAGUUGUCUGUCAUGUUGUUGUGAGAAGUCUGUAAGAGUCGUGAAGUUGUCUGUCUGUCUGUAAUUGAUGGUUAAUUAUCUGUAUUUGUUUUGAGUUGUCUGUAUUUGUUUUGAGUUGUCUGUAUUUGAUUGUGAGUUGUCUUUAUUUUGUGAUGUUUAUUUUUUGAGAUGUAAUUAGUAUAACGAGGCAGACAUUAAAUAUACACAUCCAGACAACAAGUAUACACAUACAUACAUUACUUUAUUGUGAAUUACCAUUUUGGAAUAUGUUUCAUAAAGAAAACAGACAAUACAUAUAACUAGACAGACAAUAGAGAUAACCAGACAGACAUUAUUUUCACCACAAAUUACAUACAACUCACAAUAAAAUGACAAACAACUAAGUAUGAGUUACAGACAACUUCACAACUCUAAACAAAUACAAACAACUAACAAACAAAUGACAAACAAUUAAAUAUCAAUUACAGACAUUUAUUUUUCAAACGACAGACAAUUUCAUGACUCUUACAGACACUGCACUUACAAGUUGUCUGUCUGACAGACAACCCUUUAUAUCUCGAAAAUACAUCAAAACUGAAGAAAACAAAAAUCAAGAAAAGAAGAUAUGUUGCUCAAGUUAUUCAAAGCUUCUUGGUUUUCCUUCGUCGUUAUCUUCCCUUGAGGUUGCAUCUGAAAUGGCAACCACCGUAGGCCCGCCGUCGGCAACUGGCGUAGGCCCGACGCCGGCAACAUCACCGGUUGAAGAGGAGAUAAGAAAAUCCAAGGUUGGAAGGGGGAAAGAUGAU